AUGGAGAUCCCCGUCUCCCGCAUCCCGGAUUUUGGGGAGGCCAACAGGAGAUGCUUUAAAAGAGAAUAUGGUUUCUUGCUGCAGCCCUUACUGGGGGCCUGGAGUGACCGGUGCUCUUCCCCAAUGGGUCGGAGGAGACCUUUCAUCCUCGUUCUGGCGAUCGUAGCUGCAUCCAUUGGCUUUGAACUCUUUAAAGUAGCUGCAUCCAUUGGCUUUGAACUCUUUAAAGUAGCUGCAUCCAUUGGCUUUGAACUCUUUAAAGUAGCUGCAUCCAUUGGCUUUGAACUCUUUAAAGUAGCUGCAUCCAUUGGCUUUGAACUCUUCAACAUAGCUGCAUCCCUGUCCUUUGAACUCUUUAAAAAAACUAACCGGGACUUUGGUUCCUUCCUCGCAGGACUCGGCGGAGGCUUUGGCUACGUCGUGGGUGGAAUCCACUGGAACGGUACCGCCUUCGGGAAGGCCGUGGGGGGGCAGCUGCGCGUCAUCUACAUCUUCACCUCCAUCACCCUGACCCUGGCCACCAUCUUGACUUUGCUCAGCAUCCCCGAACGCUCCUUGUUGUCUUCCGGCAAGCAGAAGAAUAUCAUGAAAAGCCCAAAUCUGACCCUCCCUCCUUCUCCGCCGCUCCUGUUCGAGGAGUGUCCCCCGGACAGCCCCGCGGGGUCCCAAAACCCAGUCCGUAUGUACGCCAACUUCACCAGCCCCAUGUCUCCGCUCAGCCCCCUGACCCCGAGGUACGGGAGCCUGAUCAGCUGGGACAGCUCAUUGACGGGGCUCAAUGAUUUCGCCUCGUCCUUCGGCACCUCGAAUAUCGACAGCGUCCUGAUCGACUGCUUUACCGGCGGGACCGACGGCUACCUGUCCAUCCCGGGAAGCUUACCGGGGCAGGGGGUCAGCGUCAGCCUGCCCCGAGCACCGGAAGGGUUACACGGUCUCGAAAACGGCGCAUUGGAGAGCAGAGAAAACGGCGGGGAAGGGCUGAGGGUGGGCUCCUUGGACGGGAUGAAGCCCCGUUCGUCGGGGAUCCUGAAACGGCCGCAGACUUUGGCGAUCCCAGCUAUCACUACCGGGAAUCUUCCGGAGAGCACGAGGCGGAGGAACGUCACGUUCAGCCAACAGGUGAGGUGGGGAAAAAGGCAGCCAGGCUCACUUGCUCGAGCCUCCCGUCGUUGCUCCGUGCAAAAAAAUGCAUCGUGGCGUUUUCCUACAUUCACAGGUUUGUCGGAAGCUCCUGUCCGAAUGUCUCGCAAAAUCACCGUCCUGGUUAUCGGCGCAGGAAACCGGGGCAAGAAUUAUUCUAAUUAUGCUUUAUGUUACCCGGAACUCAUGAAGGUGGUUGGCGUGGCUGAUCCUCGGGUCUUCGUCCGUCAAAAACUGCAAGAGGCACAUAAAAUCCCGGCGGAAAAUGUCUUCGACGAUUGGACUGGCGCUGCGGAACGGGAAAAGUUUGCCGACGGCGUGAUUAUAGCAACUCCAGACAGACUCCAUAAGUUUGCCGGCACCGACAAAGACGGCACUAAGCGAGGCAUGGGUGUGGAUAUCUCCCUCCUGAGCUGUCAAUAUUUCCUCGCCCAGAUCCUGGUCUCCAUCGUCAUGGGCCCUCUAACAGCAGCCGUGGGCAGUGCCAAUGGGGUCAUGUACUUUUCCAGCGUGGUCUCUUUCGUGGGCUGCUUGUAUUCCUCGCUCUGCGUCGUUUACGAAAUCCCUCCAGGGGAGGACCUGGCUGAGGAGCAGCAGCCUCUGAUGCUGACUGUACCAAUCCAAGAAUCGUGGCUGGCCAAUCCUGGUUUGUUGUGUAUCUGGUGGGGAAACGUAGCUUACCACGCUCUGGAAGGGCCCUCAGUCCUCCAACCCUGUUUGAAAAGCCAUCUUCUAACCACCUUCUGCUCCAUCCUUCUCCUUUCCACCCCUCUGGUGACGUGUCUCUUUUCCGACACACCGUGGCGUUCUCUGUUGUGUCCACUCCCAGGCUGGUUGUCGUUCGAAGGCAUGCUCCUCUUCUACACCGACUUCAUGGGGGAGGUGGUCUACCAAGGGAACCCCAAGGCCCCCCCGGAUUCAGACGAGCGCCAGAGGUACAAUGCGGGCGUAACCAUGGGAUGCUGGGGAAUGUGCGUUUAUGCCUUCAGCGCAGCGCUGUAUUCAGCUUCCCUCGAAAAACUGGAGGAAUAUUUCAGCAUCCGUACGCUGUAUUUUAUAGCCUAUUUAGUUUUUGGACUGGGCACCGGUCUGGCUACCUUGACCCGGAAUAUCUACGCAAUCCUGUCGCUCUGCGUCACUUACGGCGUGUUGUUUUCUACACUCUGCACGCUGCCUUAUUCCUUGCUGUGCGACUACUAUCAAAGUAAGCAGGUUAAUCUUCAGCUUACGACCCACGAUGGAGCCCAAAAUUUCUGUUGCAAAGCAGGACGGUUGUUGGAAUGA